UUGAUUUUGAUUGUGACAGUGACAUUGACAACAAAUAAAGAGAUGUAAAGUGUAAAUAAAUAUUAGUAUUUUAUAUAGUGGUGAAUCAUGAAUAAUAGCAAAAGUUUUGUUUUAUUUCUUAAAUUAUUAGUUUUAGUUCAGUUUAUUACUAAGGGUUAUGGAAUUAGAACUAAGGAUAAAAUGUAUGAAUCAGUUGGGGGCACAAGUGCAUGUUAUAGAAGACUCAAUGCCACCCACCAAACAGGAUGCACAUCUAAAUGGGGUGGUUCAAAUGGAGUGAUCCAUUUUUGUGAAACUCACAAAGAUUUAGAAGAUAUUAUAGCUCAUGGUACUUCGCCUCCUUACAUUCCAAUAGUAUCUCCUCGAUUGUUUAAUACUGAAAGUUUACAGUUUAUGAUUAGUAGUAAAAAAAUUGAUGGGCUCAUGAUUGUACGGAAUAAUGACACUUUAGAACAUUUUACUCAUGAGUACCAGUGUCCAAAUCCUAGUUCAAGUUUAGAUGGUACCUGUAACAAAGAGUCAGUUUGGAAUCCACUUGGUACAGGUUUGAUGUAUGCUGAUAUACCAUUUCCAAUUUUUUAUAUAGAGAAUCAAUCUGACAUAAACACUAUAAGGAGCUGUUUUAACAAAUUCAAUAACUACUCAAUUAAUGAACAUAUUGACAGGUCUCUAUGUUCGUUAGAACUAAAAUCAUUCAUGUAUGCAGCUACCAAUACUCCUACAUGCAGAAGGCGUUCAGAUUUAAUCACAACUUUGAACCCUGUUAAAUUUUGUGAUCCAUUAGGUGAUAAUAAUAUUUGGGCUAGUUUGUAUCCUCUAGCAGAAGGUCCCAGAAGAAAUGAAACCAAAGCCAUAAAACACUAUUCAUUUAUUGUUGUUGCAGCAAGAUUCGAUACCACUUCUUUGUUUGAAGAUACUUCAGGAGCUAAUAAUCCUGUAACUAGUAUUGUCACUCUACUUAGUUUAGCUAAGUUUUUAAAUGAUACCUUAACAUUGGACCAUGUUGAAGCAGCAAGAAAGAAUGUUCUUUUUUUCCUAUUUAAUGGAGAAACCUAUGACUAUAUAGGUUCCCAAAGAAUGUUAUAUGAUAUGGAGUAUGGAAAUUUUCCGAUAGACAAUGUUGAGGGAUCAGAUAUACUCCCUCCUAUUAUACCACAAAAUAUUGAGCUAUUUAUCGAAAUUUCUCAAUUGGGAAACGCAAACAAAACACUUUAUGUUCACUCCAAAGGAGAGGAUCAAUCAGUCAGCAAUUUUACUAAAAUUCUUCAACAACAAAGCACAGUGGAUAUUUCCUUCGAAGAUGUUCCUGACAGUUUACCUCCAGCAUCUCUUCACACGUUUAAGAAAGCGAUACCCACCUUUCCUGGGCUAAUUAUAUCCGAUCACAAAACAUCCUACGCCAAUCACUUCUACAAUUCAAUAUACGAUGAUGCCAAAAACAUAGGUUUUCGGUAUUACAAUGUAUCUAAAGAUGAAGUGGACCAAAUACCUAAGACCAGUAUCCAGCACUAUCUUGCCAAUGUUACGGAAGUAAUUGGUAAGAGUAUUUACAAGGAAAUUACUGGCAGUGAUUAUACUGGAACUAAUAGCGUUGAUGUUGUUUUGGUUGAUGAACUGUUGCAUUGUUAUUUGGAGGAUCAGAAUUGCAAGGUUCAUCAAGCUGUUCACAAAAAUUUGAAUUUGCCAAAAACUCGAAUGAAUUUAUAUGUAGGAGUAGAACGUGUUGAAAAUUUUGCAACAAAUUUGGCAGCUUUGACUUUAGGGUGGUUUACUGGCCAAUAUGCAGGACCAGGAAAUAUUAAUUGUACAAAUAAACCAAGGAACUAUGCUUUCAAGUAUUACAAUAUGUCAACAAGUAUUUAUGAUCUAAAUGUUGUUAAUUGCUAUAAAGUAACAAUGAAUACAACAAAGGCUGUUAGUCCAGCAUUUAAUAUAUCAGAUUACAACUGGUCGUCAGGAAAUUACAGCUCAUGGACUGAAUCUACAUGGGCCGACAUUAAGGUUCGAGUUUUUCUGAAACCUGCACCCAGUCAAGAAAGGACCACAUUAGCCGUAGGAAGUAUAACCAUAAUAUUUUCAUUUAUACUAGUUUAUUUCAUUAAGUCCAGGUCGCACAUUUUUUUCACACCGUCCGUUGCACCUGAAGCGCCAACCAGUUGUUAAAUAAUUCUCUAAUCUGCACUGACGUCAAAAUAACGUACUAUAUAUCGCGCCAAUUUUUAUACAGACUGUUUAGUUUUCAAUUAAAUAUACGCGCCAUAAAUGGCAACACUGCUUUUCCGCUGCCCACCUAAUGCACCAGAUUCGCGCCGAUUCAUUCAGUCAUACGUCAUUCUACAAUGGCAUUCUGAUAAGCAAUGUUGUCGAUUUUAGUGUUUUCUUCAUUGGGGUAUAUCUAAUCAAACACGAAACAGUCUGUAUGAUGAAAUUACUUAACGCUGUACGAGAUUUCAUGACUUCUAAACAUUGUCAAUUGUUAUGCUACAACAUUCUAGGCCAGUAAAGAAAAAAAUAGAUGAACAAAUCUUACACUGGUUUUUCAAGGUUCUAAAAGGUAUAUGAGGGAUAGCUGAUGAUAAAUCCUUGAAGACGUAUAGCUUAGGGAUGGCAGUUGUUGACGAAACACCUGUUUUCGGUUAUACCGGGCGGAGGUUAUGUUGGCGACCAUCAUGGCAAUCUGUACUUGCACACUGCUGCUCUGAAAAGAUUUGUGGUUGUUGUAUGUAGAUUUUUCAGCCUGGAAAUCCUUCGCUUUCCUGGUCCACGUUUUCCUUCUACUUUUCCCUGUAAGAUUAGUUGCAGCAGUCUAUAUCUCUCGUUGUUCCUCAUCAUGCGACCGAGGUAUUCGAUUUUAGCUGCUUUUAUUGUGGUUAACAAAACCACAAAAAAACCGGUUAUUUCAAAACCGAUAUUCGGUUUUUAGUCGAUAGCCAAUACCCAAUAGGUUACAAUGUUACAUUUACAAUACACUUUAGUUUGCUAUUAUCGAUAUCGACACUAUCGAAAGAAUAUAUCGAUAUACAGAGUGUCCCGAAAAGUAGUGCGUUCCUUUAAGGUAUGGAGAGAAUACACAAUUUAGAACAAAAAAGUCCUAUAACAUUUUUUCUAAAGUUAACCGUUUCCAAAAAAGUUAACAUUGUUUUCCAUAUACCUGUAUUUUAAUGUUUGGAAAUUUUAAUAAACUGGCAACAUCGUACGCACUACGGAAUAAUAACAGAUAAUAAGAACUCAUUUGUGAUUGUGAUUUACAGUAUCUAAAACAAUCCAACCUAAUAGUACAUACUUAAUUAUGUAUUUACUAUUUGUUUACUAAAAUUAUUUUCUUUUGAAAUGUAUUGACAUACCUAUUGCAUAAUUUUAAACGAAUUACACACCUUUUAACAUAAAAACACAUCUUUUAACUGAACUACUAUUAUGUAUUUAGCAAGCUUUAAAUGUGUUGAAUGUUGAGGGCUUUAACUGAAUUACAUAGUUUACAGUGGAACUUAAAUACACCAGAUAAUGUCUCAGUAAUUUGUUUACUUGUGAACUAAAAUAAUUAAGUUGUACUUACUUGAAAAUAAUUAUUAUAUUGAAUAGAUGUUAAAAGUAACCCACUUUCACAAACACCAUUCAUACGACGAGAAAUACUGGCAAAAUAUUUUGAAAGAAAUUAAUUAUAAUAUGCCUCUCGAUUUAGUGAUCUGCCAUAAAUAAUCAACAUAAUAACAAAAUAGGUAAUACACUCACGAUUCGAAAACAUUUUCGGUAUUGACACUAAACAGGAUUCUUUAAAACUAUCUGUUUACUAUCUGUCUUCUAUCUAUUUACAUGGGACUGUUUAUGCUUAAAUUUGCGUACCGCACAUAGUUGUCAGAUUUAAAUUUGCAUACCAAAAUGUAUUUUAAUUUUUUGGUCAAACGGUUGCAUUUAGAAAAAAAUGUUGUAAGAGUUUUUUUUUUGGUGCCUUCUACCUAUGCCUUUAAGAAACGCACUAUUUUCGGGGACACCUUGUAUAAACAUCAUCGGCGUGUUUUGGGUACUGCGUAGUGGGAUGUUUAAGGAGGAACUGGAAGUUAGUACAUACCAGCCAAUUGGGAUCGAAAAUAAAAAUCGGCCAUCAAUGUUGUCAAAUCGGUUUCGGUCAGCUUAAAAUUUCUCUUACAGGCGCGCUUUGGCGAAAAAUUUCCCCAUUUUUUAUCCGAAUUUAUGUUUGCAGAGGUAAAUUAUCCGAUUUUCACCGGUUAUUACUUUAAAAAGAAAAAAACCGAUUAUAACCGGGAUCAAAAAUCGGAAAAACCGAUUAUUGCCGAGUAAAAAAUCGGUUUUACGUUAUAACGGGUAAGUUCAUAAGUUUUUGCUAAAUAACAGAAUAAUGACUGUGUUCACCAGAUGCAAACACGUUCACAACUGUUUGCGCUUUGAUUCUUAAACUCGUUAACAGCGAGCUGAACGGUUCGUUGUUUAGGUUAAAAUUUGACAUUUAGCUUGUUUGGUUUGAACGUAACCUAAAAUAAAUUUUCUCAAUGAAUACGUUUUUGAAUUUUUUUUUUUUUUAUUAAAAGAAGAAACAAAAUGGAUAUAAUAGAUAAUAACGUAGCUGAAUGUCUUCAGUAGCCGUUAUUUUAUAUAUUAAACCCUUCUAAAUAUAUUCUAUAAUAUUAUACAAUUUAAAUUCCCGCCAUAUUUUUUUAAUAGUCAACACGUUUGCAAAGUUGAGCAUAAAUAUUUUAUGCUUACAAAAAUGGCGAUCGCUUUCCAAACAUGUUUGCUGUCUAGCGCAAACUGAUUGCCAACGUUUGCAUCUGGUGAACGCGCCCAUUGGGCCUAAUCUCCUAAUAACCUCCAACCACUAGGCAAAUGAUAGGCAACCCUAGAUACACAAACAAAACCGUUUUUAACUAACAUACAGUGAUGAGCUCGCUACGCUAAUAACCAGCAGAAGCAAAGGAUGAACAACAUAAUGCUUUGUGAAGUAAAAGAGAUGAAAUUAGUAGAGGUGGGAAAUUAUCGGUAUAAACCUAUAAAACAUGACCACUUAUAAUAGUUUCCCACCUUUAGACGUCAGCUUUUUUUCUCUUCGACUGACACAAAUAAACGUAAAAACAUGACAAGGUAGUAGCUAAAUAUUUUUUGCCUGAGGAAAUGGGAACACUGUGUCUGUUUAAGUUGUAAAUUAGUUUUUUAAAUAAAAAUAUUUAAAAAAUAAAGUAAAAUUAUUAACUCAUUAAUCAUAAUCUUUGUUUUUGAUUUAUUUAUGGACAGCCUUGCUUCCAAACUAACUUAUUCUUUUCGUUUUAACAGCUGCGUCAAAAUUAUUCAAAAUUUAAAAAAUGUUAGGGUCACGUUAACGUCAUACGUAUGACUAAAGUCAAUUAGCUCUUAGCUAACGUCUAAAGGUGGGAAACUGUCGUAAGUGAUAAUGUUUUAUAGGUUAAUACCGAUAAUUUCCCACUUUUACAAUUUCAUCUCUUUUUAUUUCACAACGCAUUAUGUUGUCCAUCUUUUGCGUUAUUUGUCGGUUAUUGGCGCGCUCAUCGCUGUAUAGAAGUCACGUUAUUUGUCAAUUUCACACAUAUACCGUAAUGCUAGAAAAUAUUGUCUUCAUGUAAUGCAGAACUAGUCUGGGCAAAUUAUCGGAGAAUAGGCCAUUUUUGGGAAAAGUUAUUUACCAGCAAUUUUAUUGCUGGAAUCGAAUCUUAUGAUUGUAUAUAUUAAUAAUAUAGGUAUGCAAAGUCCGCAGAUAGUGUGCUACUUUUUUUAUAAACAAAAUGGCGCCCGAAAAUCGUGUUUUUUUCAAUUUUCGCUCUAUAACUCCAAAGAUUUUAACUUUACACCAAAAACACCCAAAUAAAAAUUCACCGUAAUUAAAUUCCGAAUAGAGACAUGUUUUCCCCGAUUUACUUCGACGAAAACUUUCCCCGUAAAAUGCGUGUUUUUCCAACAAAAUCUUUAAUUUUCAACUAAAAUUUUAGAUGAGUAAUUGUUUAUCAAUAUUUAAAUAACUUGGUAAUAUAAAAGCUCUUUUCGUAUAAAUUAUAAUUCCAGAAGCCGAUGGAAAUUUAAUGAACAGUUUAGCAACAAUUGUUAAUUAAAAAUUUACGGUCGCUAUAAUAACCACAAUAAUUAUGGUACAUCAAAAAAGCUAUGAUUUUUGUAUAUAAAGACACUGUACCUAUCUAAUGUAUAUAUAAAUCGGUUUUAAAACGUCUUGCGACGUUGUCCGAUGCCUAAUUUCCAUGACACUCUAUCAUCCCAUUGGCCCUCUCUAAGAUCUCUUGCGCUCAUCGCCUUCGUUACUCCCUCUCCAAGAUUUCUUGGGUCUUCCUCUCUUUCUGCGGUUUGGUGGUACCCAUUGCAUAAUUAUUUUAGGGAGUCUUGAGUUAUUCAUCCUCUGGACGUGUCCGUACCAUAUCAGCUGUUUUCUUUCUAUGUCUGUUGUUAGAGAGCCGUCAACCCCCAUUCGCUGUCUUAUCUCAUCAUUACGUAUUCUCUCUCUGCGUGACACUCCUACUGAUCUUCUAAAAGCGUCCAUUUCUACUGCCUCCAGUUUUCUUCUGUUGUUUUCGGUUAUCCGCCAAGUUUCUGCUCCGUACAAUAGACUGCUUUUAAUAAGAGAUUCGUAGAUAUUGUGUUUUCUUCUUUUUCCUAUUUCAUGAUUCCACAGUACGCUGUUUAGACAACCUAUUGUUUUUCUGGAUUGUGUUAUUCUUCUCUUUAUUUCUUCAUCAUCUUUCCCCGUUGUGUCAAAAACGAUUCCUAGAUAUGUGUAAUGGUCGCAGGGCAUGAUGAUUUCAUUAUUUUCUAAUGUGAUGUUCGAUAGUUCGGUACCUAUUGGCAGGUAUUUUGUUUUUUCUGUAUUAAUUUCUAGUCCCCACUUUCUAUAUUCUUCUUGUAAUUUCCUUGCCAUGUACUCUAAAUCAUCUUUAUCGUUUGCUAUAACAACCUGGUCAUCAGCAAACUGCAAUGUAUAUAAGCAAAUCUCUCCAAGGUCUACGCCCAUGCCUCUGCAUUUUCGUUUCCACUCUUUCAAUGCUUUUGCAACAUAUAUUUUAAAUAAGGUCGGUGAUACACAGCACCCCAGACGUAGACCUUUAUUAACCAGGAAGCUUUGCGAUAAUCUGUUUCCAGUUUUUAUUUGUGAUGUUGACCCUUCAUACAAAUUUCCUAAGGCCUUUAUUAAGGUGACACUAAUAUUCGUCUGUCGUAACACGUUCCAGAGUUUGUUUACAGGAACUGUAUCGUACGCCUUCUGCAAGUCAAUAAACAUGAGGUGGGUUUCUUGAUUUGUGCUUAAUUUUUUUUUCUAUUAGUUGUUUGUGGCAGAAGAUAUUAUCAGUACAGCUUCUUCCUGUUCGAAAACCGGAUUGUUCUUCUUCCUCUUGGUCUUUGUACUCCUUCUUAAUGUGGUCUCUAAUUAUUCGUCCAUACAAACGGCUGAAUGUACUAGUCACUGAUAUCCCUCUAUAGUUUUCACAUUUAAGCUUAUCUCCUUUCUUAUGGAUCGACGAAAUAUAAGCAAUUUUCCACUCGUCGGGUACGGGAGAACCAUUUAUAAAUUGAUUUAUGCACCAAGUGACGGUUUCAAACAAUUUUUGUGAUCCACAUUUUAUUAGUUCGGCUGGGAUAUCCCCUGGUCCUGGAGACCUACCGUUUUUCAGUUCUUUUAUAGCUUUUCUAAUUUCUGUCACUUGUAUUGUUAUAUCUUCUCCUUCAAUGUUAACCUCUGUUGGUGAUUGAGUAAGUAUUCGUCCCUAUUUUCUGUCAGUAAUUCCCCAUGGUACUUUUCCCAUUUUUGUGUGGAUAUUAAUUGAAUGUUUGUGCUCUUCCUUUCGUUGGUUCUUAUUUUAUUGAGGAACUUCCAUGUUUCUGUACAUUUUCUGCCUCCCAGGUAGGUAUUAAUUUCCUGGCACUUCUUAUCCCACAUUUCUCUUUUUGCUUUUACUGUUGUUCUUCUUGUUAUUCUUUUGAGUUCCAGGUAUUCAUCUACUAAUGUACUUUACAGAAUUGAAAUUGGACUAUUUAAGCGGCCUCAGGAAUAUUUUAAAAUUAUAAACAAUUUUUUGGCUUAUAAACAAAUAGAAUAUCUCGGGAAAUAUUAAAUUAAAUUAAAUCAUGAAAACGGUAUUGGAAAAAAAGCGCAGUGAUGCAUUGUGAUGAGUGGUUCCUGAGAUACAACCAGUCAAAGUUGACCGGCAUUUACGGCAAAGAUAUAAACAAUAGGAUCAUAAUUUUCGAACCAUCACCUUUUUAUUUCGGUCCUCUUUCUUCACACCAAUUUUUAUAUCUUUAAAAUACUCAUAACAUAUAAUAAAAACUGUCGAUAUUACGAGUGAAAAUUGCCAAAAAUAGCAAAAUUCCAAUCAAAAAUUAGGUUGGAGAAAAUGUAAUCUGAAAGUUCAAAAUCGGUGUACGUUAAAAAAAUGCAUUUUCUCGGCUUCCCAUGGAUCAAUUUUCUUCAUUUUUUUUGUUCCCAAGUAACUCAAGUAGAGCCAUCUAACUAACGCAUUGUUAAAUGUCAAAGUUGCUUUUGUUUUGUUAUAAUAAAUUAAUUUAAUGUAGUUUUCUUUUCUUAUAAAUAAAUUAAUUUAUUAUAACAAAACAAAAGCAAGUUUGACAUUUGAUAAUGCGUUAGUUAAAUGGCUCUACUUGAGUUACUUGGGAAUAAAAACAGAAUGAAGAAAAUUGCUCAAUGGGAAGCCGUGAAACUGCAUUUUUUUUACGUAUACCGAUUUUGAACUUUGAGAUUACAUUUUCUCCAACCUAAUUUUUGAUUGGAAUUUUGCUAUUUUUGGCAAUUUUUACUCGUAAUAUCGAUAGUUUUUAUUGUAAUAAUAUAUGCUAUGAGUAUUUUAAAGAUAUGAAAAUUGGUGUGGAGAAAGAGGACAAAAAUAAAAAGGUGAUGGUUCGAAAAUUAUGAUCCUAUUGUUUAUAUUUUUGCCGUAAAUGCCGGUCAACUUUGACCGGUUGUAUCUCAGGAACCACUCAUCACAAUUAAACGUUUUUUCUUUUAAAAGAAGCGUCCUGCCGCUUUUUUUCGAAUACCGUUUUCAUGAUUUAAUUUAAUUUAAUAUUUCCCGAGAUAUUCUAUUUGUUUAUAAGCCAAAAAAUUGUUUAUAAUUUUAAAUUAUUCCUGAGGCCGCUUAAAUAGUUCAAUUUUAAUUCUGUAAAGUAUAUUAGAUAGGUACAGUGUCUUUUUAUACAAAAAUCAUAGUUAUCCUUAUGUAUCAUAAUUAUUGUGGUUAUUAUAGCGACCGUAAAUUUUUAAUUAACAAUUCAAUUGUUGCUAAACUGUUCCAUCAAUUUCCAUUGGCUUCUGGAAUUAGAAUCUAUACGAAAAGAGCUUUUAUAUUACUAAGUUAUUUAAUUAUGGAUAAACAAUUACUUAUCUAAAAUUUUAGUUGAAAUUUAAAGAUUUUGUUGGAAAAAUCCGCAUUUUCCGGGGAAAAUUUUCGUCGAAGUAAAUCGGAAAAAACACGUCUCUAUGCAGAAUUUAAUUACGGUGAAUUUUUAUUUGGGUGUUUUUGGUGUGAUUUUCGGGCGCCAUUUUGUUUAUAAAAAAAGUAGCACACUAUCUGCGGACUUUGCAUACCUAUAUUAUUAAUAUAUACAUUCAUAAGGUUCGAUUCCAGCAAUAAAAUUGCUGGUAAAUAACUUUUCCUUGUAUUUUGCUAAUUAGCCCAGAGUAAACGGAUACCGGGGGUUAUGAUCUCUUGUUGGCUUAAGAUAGAUAUUAUAAUAGGUACGUCUAUUUUGUUUUGUUGUCAGUGCUAAUCUGUUUACAAGCAAAAUUGGGUCGUGUCAAAUAUGUGCACACCUAAGAUAAGACAUGAUACCAAAAAUGUAUUUUUAUGAAUUUUUAUUGAUUUCUAUUUAUAAAAUAUAAAAAAUAUUGUAAAGUAUUCCAUUUUUGUAAAUAAUAAGUGGUACAGUAUACAGAUUUUUGACUGAUUUUGCUUGUAUUUUCACUAAAUUGUGAUAUAAUUUUAACUUAUUAAAUAUUAUACUAAGAUAAUUAAGUUGUAAUUAUUAUUCAUUGUGUAAAUUUUGAAAUAAAUAAUUUACUAAUAAAUUAUUUAAA